GACGUCCUCGUCCGCUCGCCGGCAGCGCUGGUUGAUGAGCUCGACAAGCUGGAGGACGCAAGGCUUGGCAUGGUCGCGCUCUUUGUAGCGGGCGGCGCCACCUUCGGAGCCUUCUCGCCCUCCAUUCUCUCUUGCAAAUGUAAGCUACGCGCAGCGGCCUACUCUGUCUGCGCAGCUACGUGCGGCGACUCGAUCUUCCGCGUCCGAAUGGGCGACGAGCGGAUGCCUGCCUUUGCGAUUCUUAACGGCGCCCUUCCCUUCUUUGCGGCCGUCCUCAUUGCCCACGGAGCCUCUCGGCAGCUUUAUCAGGCACGACUCCCCGCGCUCUGACGCUAUAGCUUGCACUCAUGUCAUCCGGCGGGGCUGAAAUCAGAGUAUGCUAGGACAUAGCAUGUAGCAUGUGCAUGUGCAUGUGCAUGCACACACGUUGUGAGCAUAAUGGGCGGGAUCCGGGAUAUGGUGGCCAACAAACACUGCGACCCCUCACUGUGUCCCGCUCACGGGAAGGGGAACUGAGAUUUCUUUGUCUUCCCACGCACAACAUCGAAUGGUCGGGUAGUACAUGUACGGCUUCAGGGCUAGAG